CUAAACCACCGUCGUCGUCGUCGUCUCUCUCUUUCUCUCUCUCUCUCUGCUCGAUCGAAGCUCCGGAGAAGCCUCGGUUUCCGCCUCGGCCUCCUGCUCCGCUCCUCCGGCGUCGGCUAUGGCUCGCGGGAUCUGAUCGGGCGGCGUGUCUCUCCCUUCUCGAUUGUUUCUCCUUGAACGAAACCAGGCGUUGCAGUACUAUGGGAGAUUUUACGGUUCAAAUUAGUAAUGAACUUGUUGAUCGACUUACUGACAAUGAUGAGAAGUUGAAAAGGAAAACAAGAAAAAUAAAACCAAGGUUACCAAAAGAGCCUCAACAUCCACAGAGUAAGGUGAAUCAGAAGCAACCAUCUAAAGAUUCUGCUGGAUUGCCAAUUCAGCCUCCAUUUUUCCUGCCUGUCAGCCCUCCUGCACAUUCUGCAGUUGCGGAGUUGGAUGCUAUUCGAUCGGUUCUUAAAGAGAGCGAGAGCAUUGUUGAGAGGCUGCAGAAGCAGGAGGAGACCGUGCUUCGUGAGGUAACUGAAAAAGCCAAGGAACUUCGUGAUAAGGAGUUCAAGCUUCCUUACCAGAAGCCAAUGCCUUGUUUGGCCGAGAACAACGCUUGCUUGGAGUGCUACAAGGAGCAUGCUAAAGACCCUUUGAAAUGUGCUCAUCUGGUAAGAAGUUUCGCAGAUUGUGCUCGAAGAGUGAGGCAGCAAGUGAGCACUGCUGGUAAGCAGACGUAGCUAAACAGCUGAUCUCGGGUCCAUGACCCAUUGUUUGUUCUUGUGAGUCUCUCUUUACUCGGCAGCAGUAAUAAAGAAUGAUUCAUUCUCCUCAGAGGGUAUCCAGUGCUGAUAUUGCACGGUUGAUAUUUUCUUUUCUCAUUUUGGGACACUAUUGAAUUGUUUGUCAAUGUCAGUGUACAUGGCUUCACUGUGAGACUUUGCGAAAAAUGCAUAUCAGUUCACCAUCUAAUACCCGGAUGUUUUUGCCCUCUGGAUACCAAAUGUAACUCUUUUUUACAGUGCUCCUGCAUCACUGAUGCCAUCCUUGUAUGAUCCUCUUUCAUGAGCUAGUGGAUGAUUGUCAAAUGGAGAUA